AUGGAGAAGCAUGGAGAAGCAGAUCUUGUAUAUGAUAAUUUGCAAGAAUCGAGCAUGGAUAAAGAUACUCAUGUAAAAGAGGGUGAAUGGGUUACAGUUAGUAGAAAAGGCAAGGAAAAAGUGGGUAAAGACCCAAAAGUGGUACCAAAAAAGGCCAACGCAGCAAUAUGCUCUAACUUGGUGAGUAAGAAAUUUUCUCUUGGGCCUACUAACAUGCAUGCUGGAUCCUCAUCAAAUACAAAGGUGAAGUCCUCAUCAAAUGCAAAGGUGGGGUCCAAGAAAAAGAAGAAUUCUCCAUCCACCCUUGACUCUUUGGGAAAAGCACAAGUGUCAUUCAAGGAUCAGAGCAUUCCCUUUUUCAAAGCAGGGCAUAAAAGGCAGCAUCCUAUUUCGCUUCAAAACUCACCUAUUGAAGCAUUGUCAAUGGAUUUCGAGCACAAAAAGAACUUGAUAAAGCCGGUGCAACAACAAAUCUGGAGAACCAACCUCAACAGAAGAAUGAUGGUUCUGCGGCGCAAGAUCAAGAGAAGAAGCUUGGAGAUAGGGGCCCAUCAACGUGAGGACCCGUGGGUGGUGGUAGGGGAUUUUAAUGAUAUUUUGAGUGUUCAAGACGUGAAAGGUGGUAAUUUCUAUUCGAAUCACAGUAGUAUCUUUGCAAACACUUUAGAUUCUUAUGGUCUUUUUGAUCUGACAACCUCUAAAAGAUGGUUUACUUGGUUUUGUAAAAUUCAAGGAAAUAAAGAAAUUGCAAAGAGAUUGGAUAGAGCUUGCUGUACUAUAGAAUGGGGCCUUCUUUUUCCAAAAGCAUUUGUUGAAGUUCUCAGCCAUUCUCACUCUGAUCAUUGUCCCAUGCUUAUCCGAUGUCAAGGAGUUCCUUUCAAGAAAGGAAACCAACCUUUUAUAUUCCAAGCGGCAUGGGCGACGUAUCCUGAUUACAAGGCCAUUGUUAUGAAAUCUUGGGAUAGUACAGAUUUUGGCAUCCAUAGAAAGUUUCAAGAAGCUUCGUUGGAAUACAACUCUACGCACAAAAAGGAAGAAUUGAGAGCUGGGUAUAAUCUAGUGCUGGCUCAGGAAGAGAUGCUUUGGUACCAAAAGUCAAGAGAUCAAUGGGUCCGGUAUGGUGAUAGAAAUACUAGUUUUUUCCAUAUGCAAACCAUCAUUAGAAGAAAAUCUAACAAGGUUCAUGGGUUGCUAGUCAGUGAUGGGUCCUGGUCUGAUGAUCUGGAAGUUUUGCAAAGAGAGGUUGUUCAUUUCUUCAAAAAUAUUUUUUGCUCCAUUGAGCCUGUUGAGGUUAAUUGCAUCGGAGAAAUUCCCAUGCCAACUCUUAGCCAAUAUAUUUGUGAUAAUUUGUCUAAACCAGUGACAAUGUUGGAGGUUAAAAAAGCUCUGGAUAAUCUGAGCUCAUUCAAAGCUCCUGGGCCAGAUGGUUUUCAAGUAUUCUUCUUCAAGGAAUAUUGGGAUGUCGUGGGUCAUAAGGUGUGGCGUACUGUUCAAAAAGCAUUCUUAGGGGAGACGUUAAGUCAUUCUUUGUUGGAAACUUUGAUUAUUCUUAUCCCUAAGUGCGACCCUCCAACUAGAUUGAAAGAUUUUUGGCUAAUAAGCCUUUGUAAUGCCAUUUACAAACUUGUGACUAAAGUGCUGGUUAAUAGAUUACGACCUUUCUUGGAUGAGAUUGUUGGCCCAACUCAGGGAGGGUUUAUUCAUGGUAGAGGAGUGUCUGAUAAUAUUAUUGUUGUUCAAGAAGUUCUUCACUUUCUUAAGUGGACAAAGUCUAGAAAAGGAGCUAUGGCUUUUAAGAUUGAUUUAGAAAAGACUUAUAAUAGAGUUGAUUGGAAUUUUCUUGAGCACACUCUUGAAUCUUUUGGCCUUCCUUCUCUAAUUAUUCGGCUUGUAAUGAAUUGUGUUCAGGCCUUAAAUCUUUCCAUCCUCUUGAAUGGGAAUAGAUUGGAUAGCUUCUAA